GACACAUAUCACCUAAUCAUAAGGAUGGAAUUAAGAAAAUACAAGGACCAUUUGAAAGAAGAAAUAGUUAUCCAGGAAGGAAUACAGGCUAUAAUAACAGGAGUACAGGAUAUAGUAGGACUAACAACUACA